AUGCCAGCCAUCUACGACUCCCUGGUCACCUCCCAAGGUCUCACGGCCCACAAAGCCUGGCGCAUCGCCUACAUCGUCCCUUUUAUAAUCAUCACAGCCGUCGCUCUGGGUAUGCUAUUCCUGUGCGAAGAUACCCCAACCGGCAAAUGGUCAGAACGCCACCUCUGGGCUAAGGAAAUGGGCUCAAACAUCCACGUCACAAAUGGGGAGCCCCUUGACCUAAGCUCCGGAAGUCCCUCAGCCAAUCCCUCUGGUCCCCCCUCAAUCUAUAACAGCAAAAUAACCGCCGACGUGGAAAAGAAAGGCGGCGCAGAAUCCCCGUCGCAAAUAUCCGACAAAGAAGCUCCAGCAAGGGGACAAAUGUCCACUCUCAGUAGUGACAUCAUUAUCGCGCCCUCGCGCAGAGAAGCUCUGAGCGUCGCGUUCAGUCCCUCGACGAUGGCCGUCGCCGUCCCGUACGCAUGCUCAUUCGGCGCCGAGUUAGCUCUAGACGGAUUCCUGGGUACGUACUACGCUGCGAAUUUCCCGAAAAUGGGACAGACGGAGUCGGGCCGGUGGGCGGCUAUGUUUGGGCUGUUGAAUAUCGUCUUUCGUCCCGCGGGCGGUUAUAUGGCGGAUAUGGUAUUCCGAGCUACGGGAAGCAUUUGGUCGAAGAAGCUUCUGUUGACGUUUUUGGGUGUCAUUAUGGGGGCUUUCUUGUUGGCUAUUGGGUUGACGGACCCGACUCAUGAGGCUACUAUGUUUGGUCUUGUUGCUGGUAUGGCUUUCUUUUUGGAGGCGGCUAAUGGGGCGAACUUUGGUCUUGUUCCUCAUGUGCAUCCUUAUGCUAACGGUAAGUUUAUUCUCUUCCUUCGCCUCCUCUCUUUUUUGAUGGGUUGGUACUAA